AUGACUGAGCAACACGAGACUAUACAGUCCGUUACUGAUGGGAUAUACAAUAACCUGGUUACAUCUAUGAUACAUAGCAUAGUGAGUAAAGAGACCGCUAGGGAAAAGCUGCUGCGAAGCCGGUACGGUUCUUAUAAGCAGUACCACUAUGAUCCCAACAGCCAGUUGGAUAUACAUGGUAAUCCAAAGCAGCAGGACAGCUCACAGUAUUUCUAUUGUGAGAACUGUGGACGUGAAGUCUCUGGUAACAGAUUUGCAGCACAUCUGCAGAGGUGCUUGACCAGAGGAAGCAGACGCUGA